GGGCUGAGCGGGGCUGUCCGCCCGCCGAGGAGGAUGCGUUGCCCGGGGCUGGGUCUGGCGGUGGUGCUCCUGCUGUCUCUGUGGGUCCCGCUGCGGAGCUGCUGCCCGGUGCCCGUGCGGGGCUGCAAGUGCGCGGGCGGGGAGCGAGGCAAGGGCGCCUCGGCGGGACGGAGGAGGGUCAGCUGCACCGGAGGAGACGCCGCCCAACCCCCGCCCGCCGCCCUCCUGCCCAACGGAACCAUCGCCCUGCUCUUGAGCAACAACAAGAUAACAACCCUAAAGAAUGCCUCUUUCUUUGGACUACACGCUCUCGAGAAGCUGGAUCUAAAGAACAACCUGAUCAGCACCAUCCAGCCUGGAGCUUUCCUUGGUCUCUCCGAUCUGAAACGUCUGGAUCUCUCUAACAAUCGCAUCGGCUGCCUCAACACUGGCAUCUUCCAGGGUCUGACCAGUCUCAUCCGUUUGAACAUGUCAGGGAAUAUUUUCUCCAGCCUCCAGUAUGGAGUCUUCGAUGAGCUAAUAUCUUUGAAAGUACUAGACUUUGCCACGGAACACCUGACAUGUGACUGCAACUUGCGUUGGGUCCUGGCCUGGUCAAAGAAUCAUUCCGUCCAGAUAUCUGACAAGACCUUGUGCAUCUACCCCAGCAGCCUACAUGGGAAGCCGCUUCGGAAUACCAGAGAGGGCCAGAUGCGUUGUGAAGGGGCUCCGGAGCUACACACCCACCAGCUCAUCCCAUCCCUGCGGCAGGUUGUUUUCCAAGGUGACCGCUUGCCUUUCCAGUGUACAGCCACCUACCUGGACAAUAGUACACACAUCCUUUGGUACCACAACCAUGCCCUGGUCCAGGAAGAUGAACACAGUGGCGUAAUCCUGGAAGAGAGCCUUGUCCAUGAUUGCACCUUUAUCACAAGCGAGCUCAUCCUGUCCAACAUCCAUGUCUCGGCCAGCGGCGAAUGGGAAUGCACCAUCCUCACUGCUCAGGGCAACGUUAGCAAGAAAGUGGAGAUCGUUGUGCUGGAGACGUCGGCAUCCUACUGCCCACCAGAGCGGGUUGCCAACAACCGUGGAGAUUUCAGAUGGCCACGGACGUUGGCGGGCAUUACAGCAUACCAGUCCUGCCUCCAGCACCCCUUCACCUCCGGGAAUGGCGGACCCGGCCGCGAGAAGCAAGCGUGGAGGCGCUGCGACCGCACAGGACGCUGGGAGGAGGGGAACUACUCCCAUUGCCUGUACACCAACGAUAUUACCCGCGUUCUCUACACCUUUGUUUUGAUGCCCAUCAAUGCUUCCAAUGCACUGACCCUGGCUCACCAACUACGUGUCUACACAGCCGAAGCUGCAAACUUUUCAGACAUGAUGGAUGUAAUCUAUGUGUCCCAAAUGAUUGAAAAAUUCACUGGCUACGUGGACCAGAUUAAGCAGCUCAUGGAUGUCAUUGUGGAGAUGGCCAGCAACAUGAUGCUAGUGGAUGAUCACGUUCUUUGGUUGGCACAGAUCGAGGACAAGGCCUGCACCAGUAUCGUUCGUUCUCUGGAAAAGAUUGCCAGCUACACCCUCAGCGCGAAUUCUCAGCAUGUGGCCGUGAAUUCCAGAAAUAUAGCUUUUGAGGCUUACCUGAUCAAGCCAGAUAGUUAUGUGGGUCUGAGCUGCACAGCCUUUCAGAAGCGGGACAUGAUGCUCGGUGGCCGGCCCCCACGGCAGGAGCGGUACACUGAGCCCUUGGCCGACCAACAGAUCAAGUUCCGGUGCACAACAGGCCGGCCAAACAUCUCCCUGACCAGCUUCCACAUCAAGAACAGCAUCGCUCUGGCUUCCAUUCAGCUGCCUCCUGGCCUCUUCUCCCCACUGGCUCCUUCCCACCCGCCUCCUUCCCAGUGUAAGCUGCAGUUCCUGGUUUUCCGAAAUGGCAAGCUCUUCCGCAGCAUUGGAAACUCCUCGCACCUGGCUGAUGACGGCAAGCGGCGCAGUGUGGCCACGCCAGUGGUCUAUGCAGGCACACGUGGCUGUGGAGUGAGCAACCUGACUGAGCCUGUCCUCAUUUCUCUGCGGCAUUUGGACGAAGGGAUGGACCGUGUGACUGCUUAUUGGGACUUUGAGAUUCUGGGGGGCUACGGUGGAUGGAGAAUGGAAGGCUGCCAACUGAUUGGCAUGGGGCCCAACGUCACCACCAUGAGCUGCCGGCACCUCAGUAAUGUGGCUGUGCUGAUGGAGCUAAGCAAUUUCCCGCGUGAGUCGCAGAGCCCAACAGAAGUGCUGCAUCCUGUCAUUUAUAGCUGCACCGCCCUCCUCCUCCUGUGCCUCUUCACCACCAUCAUCACCUACAUCAUUAACCACAGCACCAUUCACAUCUCCCGUAAGUGCUGGCACAUGCUGCUGAAUCUGUGUUUCCACAUCGCCAUGACGUCGGCCGUGUUUGCAGGCGGCAUCACCCUCACCAACUAUGUGGCCAUCUGCCAAGCAGUUGGCAUCAUUCUCCACUAUUCUUCCUUAUCCACACUUUUAUGGAUGGCAGUGAUGGCACGAGUGAUCUAUAAGGAGGCCACGUGGAAGGCGCCACAGCUACAGGAAGGGGAGACGCCCCCGCCAGCCCCACGCCCAAUGCUGCGAUUCUACCUGAUUGCUGGCGGGAUCCCUCUAAUUAUCUGCGGAAUUACAGCUGCAGUCAAUAUCCACAAUUAUGGAGAUCACGAGUUCUAUUGCUGGCUGGCUUGUCGUCCAAGCAUUGGGGCCUUCUACGUGCCUGCAGCUUUCAUUGUUCUUGUCACCUGGAUCUACUUCCUGUGCGCUGGAAUCUGUUUGAAGUGCCAAUCCAAGAAACCCAAAGAGAUGCCCAAGCCCCUGGAAACUCGGCAGCACCUCGGUGGCAGCAGCAAUCUUUUAACUGACUCGGGUUCCAUCUCUGUCACGCUGAAUUCUGGGCCACACGCUGUCGAAGUAGAUGGUGUCUACUCCCUAGGAGUACAAUUCUGGGCCCUUGUGAUCACCCAUUUUCUGUACAUCACUCUUUGGAUGUUUGGGGCGAUGGCGGUUUCCCAGCGCUGGUUCCUCCUCAAAGUCAUCUUCAGUUGCCUCUAUGGAGUGAUAGCUGGCGCUUUGGGGAUCUUCAUCUUUGUUUACCACUGUGCCCGUCGUCAGGAUGUGCAGAGUUCGUGGUUUGCCUGCUGCCCAUCUUAUAGGAAUGCUUUACCCAUGCAAGCCUAUGUGCACCCUGGGGUGGGUGUGGAGGAUGGUUCCCAGAUCUUCAUUGGCUGCAGCCCUGAGGUGGCCCCAUCUGUCAAGUCUUCAUCCUCCCCCAGCAGCACUAACUCAGCCCCAGGACCUUGCAAGCUCAACAACUUGCAAGUGGCCCUUAGCCAGGCAGAUGUGAACCCUUUGCCGCCCGUCUGCUGCGAAGAGGCCGAGCCUUCCAAUAGCAAGAGUACCCCGCCGGCCAGGUAUGCCAACAAUUUGCAUGGGCGCAAUCGGCACCACAAAAGUCGGACUAAGCAGUACCGAGAAGGGAAACACCAACGCCUGAAGGUGCUACGGGGGCCUUCCGCAGAACACCCCACUAGUGAAAGUGGGAGUCUCCACAACAGCCAUUCAGAGAGUUACCAAAGUAGUCGGAACAGCCCGUUGAACAAUUGGUACCCAGGGAUGGUACCAAACUUGGAAUCAGCCCUGACGCAGUCUGACCUGAGCGAUGGCAGCGGUGGCCAUCAGUCGUCAGAUUUUGGCCGUGCCAAGCAGAGAAGCACCAGCAGAGACAACCUCAAGCACCAAGCUAUGGAAAAAGAGACUAAGAGGCGAUCGUUCCCGCUCAAUACCACCAAUCAGAACGGGGGCCUGAAGGGCAGCAAAUAUGACAUUAACCUCACAAGUGCUGACAGUGCAGCUGGCAUGAAAACAGGCCUCUGGAAGAGCGAGACGACAGUAUAGGGGAAGCCCAAAGGGCCGGGUGACUACCAUUUAAGCAGCCCCAGCCCUUACUUCUCAGACAGGAAGAUGUAAGACAUAGUAUUGCCAGAGCAAGCUGCCAAAGUGGCUGUUAUGCACUAUGUACGCUCAGGCAGUUUGAGCAGGAGUGGUCGCACUCCUUGCCAGAGUGCCUGCAAUACGGAGGAAAGUCCACAGAUAUUUGAGUGGCAGAGGUGGUUGGGCAUGUCUGUGUAUCACAUCACAAGCAUCGCAGUGCAUACCCUAUCACUGUUGCUUAAUGCACCAGCUAAUGCUGGUCCGAGGGGAGCAUUUCUGUUCCCCUGGAAUGAGAAGCAGAUGAGUAUCCCGCAAGGCACUAAGGUUUGUAAGGUGGAAGACAAUCGUUUAGGCUUUUUAAAAAGCAUUCUGGAGCGUUGCAAUCUUAUAUCCCUUUUGCAUGUCACAUAGAUCCCCAGUCGCUUUUGUAUAAUAUACCAAAGGCAGUAUUAUUUAUAAGCUGAAAGCUCUAGUAUCAUGUGUCCGUGUGUAUAGGCCAAAUGUGCUAUUUGAUGAAAGUGCCUGCAGACUUUUUGCCAAAACAAUCCCAUGUUCUGUAAAGGGGGUGUCUCCUCCGGCUGAGCUCAGGGCCACAUUUCGUGUCUAGUUUUUAGCUCAUUUUGGGUGCCUUGAAUGAACCUGCUUGGCAAGCUGUUUUGAAACAGCUCUGCAAUGCAUGAGGAAUUUAAGGUGAUGUGCACACAUAUUAUUUCCAUUCCAUGAUCCACAGGUUGAGAAUCCAUUCUCCUUGACAUCCCUUUUUCUAAAUGGAAGGGUUUUAUUUUUAAUUUUGUACCAGUUAAGCAUUGAAGAAAA